AGCUUGUGGUAACGGACUACAGGGUGAUUUCUGGAAUGUGACAAGAAUGUAAACACAGCUCUGAUGCUUGCUAACGGGUGUUAACAUUGUCGGUGACUUACUUCUGGUUUCGUCGCCACUUUUAUGGAUGUAUGCCUACGAUAGAUAUGUCAAGCUAAUAUGGCACGGUUUGACUGAUCCUUCAUCGGUGUCCUCCUUUCCUCUGCCCGUUUGAUUGCAUACAUGAUAUAACUGCUAGCAUAAUGACCAAGGACAUAGUUGUUGGAGAUGAACUACCUGACUGGGUGGGGGCCAAGGAGUUCUACCAGAAGUAUGACCCCAAAGAGGUCAUUGGCAGGGGUGUGAGCAGUGUGGUGCGCAGAUGUGUGCACAGACACACAUGUCAGGAGCUGGCAGUGAAGAUCAUUGAGAUCACAGCAGAGAAGAUGACAGUUCAGCAGCUGGAGGAGGUGAAAACCUCCACACUGAAAGAGAUACAGGUCCUCAACACGGUGAAGGGGCACUCCUCAAUCAUUACUCUCAUUGAUUCCUAUGAGUCCACAACGUUCAUAUUUUUGGUGUUUGACCUCAUGAGGCGUGGAGAGCUAUUUGACUACCUCACAGAAAAAGUCACUUUGAGUGAGAAGGAAACCAGGUAUAUGAUGCGAGCUCUGUUGGAGGCUGUGCAGUACCUCCACUCUGUAAACAUCAUCCACCGUGAUUUAAAACCUGAGAAUGUUCUUCUGGAUGAUCAGGGGCACAUCAAACUAUCUGACUUUGGUUUCUCAGUGCAGCUACAACCUGGAGAGAAACUUAGAGAGCUAUGUGGGACACCUGGUUAUUUAGCCCCUGAGAUAUUAAAAUGUUCCAUGGAUGAAAUGCACCCAGGCUACAGCAAAGAGGUUGAUCUUUGGGCCUGUGGAGUUAUCCUUUUCACCUUACUGGCUGGCUCACCCCCAUUUUGGCAUCGUAAACAGAUGCUGAUGCUCAGGAUGAUCAUGGAAGGUCGCUAUCAGUUUAGCUCCCCGGAGUGGGAUGAUCGGUCCGACACUGUGAAAGAUCUGAUAUCCAGGCUGCUAGUGGUUGACCCAGUUGUCCGCCUUACUGCAGAGCAAGCCUUAGCACAUCCCUUCUUCAGACAGUACCAGAGGGAGGAUGUGCGUCUCUUCAGUCCUAGAAAGACUUUUAGGGUGUUGAUCAUCAGCGUGCUUGCCUGUAUCAGGAUGUACAGUCGGUACCGAAGGGCUCGCCCGCUGACUCGGGAGGUGUUGGCUAGGGAUCCGUACUCCCUUCGUGGUGUGCGCAAACUCAUUGACGGCUGCGCCUUCCGUAUCUACGGGCACUGGGUAAAGAAAGGGGAGCAGCAGAACCGAGCUGCUCUCUUCCAGAACACAGCUAAGAUCAUGCUACUGGGCCUGGAAGAAUUUGAAACAUAAAAACUCCACCUCAUUCCUAACUUUCUUGAUUUUAUUUAAAUGUUAGUAUACGCUGUCAUGUGAGUGUUUUACUUGUCAUGUUACUAAGUGUAAUCUAAGGAGAGGAAUUCAGGGAACUGGAGGUUUGUAUGCCUUAAUGCACACUGUGGUCGAGUUUACGAUAAGCAUGCACAACUUACUGUUCUUCAUCUGCCCCUUGAUCUAAGUUUGUGGUUGCUUGAACGUCUUGUCAGGUCAUCAUGUAGAGAGUUAAGGACGCAUUGCACAAUCAUUUAACAAAAAACAUUACAAAUAUGUACUCUUUGUAUAUUUAGGAUUUUUCAGAGUUGAGGUGAUUAUGUUUUUCUUAACACUGUGUGGUUGAAGUGGACAUUAAAGCACUGUGAUUAAUUAUUUAAUACAUCAUUUUGUUGUAACAAGCUCAUAUUCCAGUGUUUCAAACUUAGUACAAAAGAUCAUGUGUGAAACAAUAGCAAUGUUUUUGUUAGAGAAUCCUGUCGCUGUCAUGCACGCAAACAUCCCUUAUUAGAAAAAUCUACCUACACUAACUGUGAAGAUAUAUAUGACUGUAUUUCUCUUUGAAACUAAACAAUACCAUUCCAUACUCUGUUCUUCAUUUCCACAAAUUGCACUUUUCCUGAAAGUGCCUGCCUGUAAUUGUACAAAUGCAGAUGUACAUUUUGGCUUUGAAAAAAAGAUUUAUUAACAAUAAAGCAUAUGUUGGAGUUGUCCAA